GCUCAUUCAUUUCCUUUCGUCUAUUCGUUAUUUCGGUCGUCUUUAUUUUUAUUUCAAAACAUUCUCAUUGAUUCUCGCCUGUGUCUAUUUUCGAAGUGAUAAACAAUCAUAGCUUUAUAUCAAUGCGAUGAAUGAAUCAACAUGUCAAUAUCGGAUUGAAAGAGAGAAGAGACAAAUUUGAUUUUUUCACGUGUUCAGUUAAAUUACAUUAUCAUUUAGUUGCGGCUUGGUAUCUACAGUAUGAGUUUUAUUUUUAUGUUUAAGGAUUGGAUAGAUUUCUUUCUAAAUCUAAUUUAUAUAGCUUUGUCUUCUUUUUAUGCUUACUUAUCUAUUUUAUUUUAAAUGUAGGAAAGAUGCUAGUGUAACCGUUCAGUGUGUACAUCACUAUACCAGGCAUAAACAUAAAUCUAAAAGGAAUACAUCUAUAUUCUUUUUUUUUUUUGUUACCCAAAAUCCUUGCAGUGAUCUCUUUUGAGAGUUUCCUGCGAGUCAUCAAAACAUAAAUUCUUUUUUGGAAAUAUUUUGUCUUGAUAAAUAAUGGCUGAGGAGGAGUCUGAAGAAAAGGAAUACCGUUGGGAAACUGGUUAUGAAAAGACAUGGGAAGCGAUCAAAGAAGAUGAUCACGGCUUGUUGGAAGCUUCUGUUGCAGAUAUUAUUCAUAAUGCUAAGAGAAAACGUCAGUUGGAAAGAAAACAGGGUGCUAGACUAGGAAUGAUGAGGCAUCUCUAUAUUAUCUUGGAUGCUUCUGAAUCAAUGUUGAAUCAAGAUUUGAAGCCAACUCGGUUUCUAUGUUCACUAAAGCUUCUAGAAGAUUUUAUCGAAGAGUUUUUCUAUCAAAAUCCUAUAAGUCAAUUAGGUAUAAUUAUAACUAGAAAUAAAAGAGCUGAGAAAAUUAGUGAUUUGACUGGUAAUUCAAAGAAACACAUUAAGGAAUUGCAAACGUUGCAACAAACUAUGGUGGGUGGUGAACCUUCCUUGCAAAAUUCUUUGGAAUUAGCUACAAAGUUAUUAAAAUUAUUACCAUCUCACGCAAGUAAAGAAAUAUUAGUAAUUAUAGGAGCUUUGACUACAUGUGAUCCUGGCGAUAUCAACGAAACGAUACGAAAUAUGAAACUGGAUAGUAUUAGAUGUAGUGUGAUAGGAUUAGCCGCUGAACUAUAUAUCUGUAAACGAAUGGCAAAUACCACCGGUGGCGAACAUAGCGUUGCACUUGAUGAUAAGCAUUACAAAGAGCAGUUAAAUGCGCACAUCGAUCCUCCACCUGCUGCAAAACGAUUAGAUGCAGCGUUGGUGAAAAUGGGUUUUCCUCAUCAUGCUUUACAUUCUAGUGCGCCAGAUACAUCUAUAACUGUGUGUAUGUGCCAUGCACAAAAUUCCGAAGAAUCAAUUAAACUUAUGACUACUGGCUAUCUUUGUCCCCAAUGCCUCAGUAAACAUUGCGAACUUCCUGUGGAGUGUAGAGCUUGUGGUCUUACUUUAGUAUCUGCUCCGCAUUUAGCACGAUCAUACCAUUAUCUAUUUCCUGUUGAUCCUUUUAAAGAAGUUGCACUUGAGAGCAAUUUCUCUUUCUGCUUUGGUUGUCAAAAAGCAUUUGUUCAAAAGGAUAAAAAGGUAUAUAUUUGUGGAAAGUGUAAUCAAACGUUUUGUUUAGACUGUGAAAUAUUUAUUCAUGAGAUAUUACACACAUGCCCUGGUUGUGCGGUAAAUCCGGAAUCAUAUAAAAAGUCUGCAGAUAAAUCUUAAAAUAAUGUUUAAUAUUAAUUCUGCCAUCAGCACUGCCAAAGAGCAAUAAAAA